AUGUCGCUUGGAGACAGGGCUGCUGUUUCAAUCGAUACUUUGAAUUCCAAGACGCUCUGCCUUACGGCCGCUCCUCCUUGCACCCUGGCCUGGAACAUCUCAGGGCAGUUGCCCCCAGUCACCACAAGUUUUGAUUGGAUAGCAAGGUUAGUUACUUUCGUAUUUGGAGGUAUUGCUGGGGAUGCUUCUAGUUCUCUGAGUAUGCCUCGGAUUUCUUCUCUGCACAGUUACUGUCCUCAGCAACACUUGUGUCCUUUCACUUCCAGUGGGAGGAUAGACCCAAUCCCUGUUUGUUCAUCUUAGCCAGUAGUGGAAGUGAGUGGGAUUCUCUUGGAACUACUCAUCAUGAAUCCUGUGAAAUGCGAAGAGGACACGUCACUCAGUGCUACUGAGAAUAACCAGUCUACAAGACCUGAAGUUGUAAAGGAUGCUGUCGAGAGGCAGACGUGCUCCGGCACAAAUGUGGGUCACUCUCCAUCUGACACAAGCGAGUGUAGUGGCACUGUGGCACUUAAACGUGAAGUCAGUGGGUGUGAAGCAUCCCUAGGAAGUCGGCAACCAAAUCUGAGAAGUAGUGACAAACGUUACUUCAACUUUACUUUCAAAGAAGUCUCCAGGAGAUCAGACCGUAGUGUGUUUACAGCACGUGGUGAACUCAAUGAGAGUGUCUUCUCAGCUCUGAAAUCUCAUGACAGUUUCCGCAAAAGAAUGGAGAAUCAUUUCAAUAAUAAGGACAUUUUCGUCCGUGGACAGAAAGCAAUAGAAGGAUAUAUCAAUUUAGGAAUGCCUCUCAAGUGCCUACCAAAAGGUUCUCACCUUGAAAUAUCAGUUCAUCAGAGAAAGGGGAACCAGAACGUAGAUGACCAGAUAUUACGCCCCUAUGAAAAUCCUAGCAUCGAAUGCAUUCUUUUUCAUGUUGUGGCUGUUGGGAGGACGAUAAAGAAGAUUGUUAAGAACAUGGCCCUUCAUGAAAAGGGAAGUACGCUCUGUAUCUAUGCCUUGAAGGGUGAGACUGUCAAGGAAGCCCUGUGCAAAGACGGCCGGUUUCGAUCUGACCUGGAUGAAAUUGACUGGGAACUCCGAGAAACUCAUACAAACAUUCAUGUAAAACAGUCCACGGUGGAGGAAGUAGCUGGAAAAGUCUUAGAGGUGGACAUUUCUGUGAAGCCAUCAGCCAGGAAACAUAACCUUAAGAAAAUUGAACAGAGGACUGAAAAUGCCACUGGUGACAUCAGUCCCUACGAUGUGAUGCCAUCUCAGAGCCAGGCCCACGAACCAGAGAAAGACGAAGAGUCUGAAGAUGUACAACAUGACCGAGAAAAAGUUCUACCACCUCAACAUCCAAGGCAUGAUAUUCAAGGUAAGAUACACCGUACAAUUUCCAGAAUUAAAAGUUAUUACAGGAACAGUCUCAACAGAAAGUACAGGACACAAAGAUCAUGCAAUCAGCAAAGGCCGCGUCUGGGUAUGGAAUGUGCUCUGAUUCAGCACAUCCAGGGAUCGGCAACUAACCCCUGGCCUAAAAACUGCAAAAUGUUGGACAGUGGUAUAAUGCAGCACUAUCCAAAUUUCAGUGAAGACGCACGUUGGAUGAGAAAUUAUUUUUGGAAAGAACGGAGGAAAACCAAACUGUCACUGUGUCAACAAUUCAGAAUAUAUGAAAAGUGCUUUGCAAAAGUAACUAAAGAUUCUACUUCAGUUGCAACCUAUGAACAUCGUGUUCACCUUAGUAAGUCAGUUGGGUUCCUGAGAUGGGACAAUAAUGGAAACAAAGGCAAUGCUACUUGCUUUGUCUUCAGUGAUGGUUAUAUUUUCACCUGUCGACAUGUUGUGCACUUGAUGGUGGGAAAAGACACAGAUACAAGUUUGUGGCCAGAUAUAAUAAGCAAAUGUGCAAAAGUGACCUUCACUUAUAAAGAGUUCUACCCCUUAGAUGAGGAAUGGUUUUCCCUUGAGCCAGGCUUUGUAGUGUCUUAUGGAGGUCUAGAUUAUGCCAUUUUGAAACUAAGAGAAAAUGGAAAUGGAUUUCCUCCAGGCCUAGUUGGACAAAUUUCCUCUUUGCCUUCCAGUGGUUUGAUUUAUUUAAUCGGUCACCCAGAAGGCCGGACGAAGGAAAUAGAUGAGUGUGCUGUGAUUACUCAAAUAGAACGCUUAAAGAGGUACUCGGAGCACCAUCAACAGGAGGUGGGAGGGCUGCACGCUGCCACUUACGGUGUUUGCUCUAUGUUUACCCCAAGAACUUUCCCCCCAGAGGCUUACAGCACUAACACACUUAGUUACGAUACCUGCUUUACGAGUGGGUCCUCUGGGUCCCCAGUGUUUAACGCAGAGGGCAAAGUGGUGGCUCUGCACGCCUUCGGGAAGUUUUAUAAACGUGGAGGUAAGGAGUAUGCCUUAAUUGAAUUUGGCUAUUCUAUGGUUUCAAUCCUUUGUGAUCUUGAGCAGAGGAAUGAGUCCUUUUAUAAACUGUUAACCGGAGAGAAUGCGAGAACCUCAAUCAAGAGAAAAAUAACAAACAAGUCGUUACUUCAAGCGGCCCACGUGGAGCCCAUGGAACACUAG